AUGGCUGAAUCAAGUACCAACGUCUCCAAUACGGAGAAUCUUCUGAAGUACAUGAGCCUCGACCAGAAGGGCGCCGUCAUGGCCGAGUACAUCUGGAUUGACUCCAACGGUGGCACUCGCAGCAAAACCAAGACUCUUUCCAAAGCCCCCGCUGGCGUCGACGAGCUCCCAGAAUGGAACUUCGACGGUUCAUCAACGUCGCAAGCCCCUGGUGACAACUCAGAUGUCUACCUUCGCCCCUGUGCUCUCUACCCCGAUCCCUUCCGCCGUGGCGACAACGUCCUUGUUCUCUGUGAGACCUGGGACUCCGAUGGCAGCCCCAACAAGUUCAACUACCGUCACGACUGCAACCGCCUGAUGGAAACGCAUGCCAAGGAGGAAUUCUGGUUUGGUCUUGAACAAGAAUACACCCUCCUCGGCCCCGAUGGUUGGCCCUACGGCUGGCCCAAGGGCGGUUUCCCCGGUGCCCAGGGCCCUUACUACUGUGGUGUCGGUACCGGCAAGGUUUACUGCCGUGAUAUCGUCGAGGCCCACUACCGCGCCUGUCUCUACGCUGGUGUCAAGAUCUCCGGUAUCAACGCCGAGGUCAUGCCUUCCCAAUGGGAGUACCAGGUUGGCCCUUGCGAAGGUAUUGAGAUGGGUGACCACCUUUGGUUGUCCCGUUUCCUCCUUCACCGUGUCGCUGAGGAAUUCGGUGUCAAGAUUUCCUUUGAGCCCAAGCCAAUCAAGGGUGAAUGGAACGGAGCUGGUCUCCACACCAACGUCUCUACCAACGCUACUCGUUCAGAUGGUGGCAUGAAGGCCAUUGAGUCUUACAUGAAGAAGCUCGAGGCUCGCCACGUUGAGCACAUCGCCGUCUACGGUGAGGGCAACGAGGAGCGUCUCACUGGACGUCACGAGACCGGCAACAUCGAAAAGUUCUCAUUUGGCGUUGCCGACCGUGGUGGUUCAAUUCGUAUUCCCCGCCAGGUCGCCAAGGAUGGCAAGGGUUACUUCGAGGACCGCCGUCCCGCUUCCAACGCUGAUCCUUACCAGAUCACUGGUAUCAUUGCGGAAACUCUCUGCGGUGGUCUCUAA